AUGAGGGAACCUACCCUCAAGAAGAUUGCUCAAAGUGAGCCGGAUGUCUCUUCGAUACUCAAUUAUAAAUCGGAAGAGGUCUCUAUUAUGUCUCCGCCCUCCAUAAGUAUCGGUGAUGAGCUGAACGAGGAGCACGAGAGUGAAACGAAUUCAGGCUCUUGCAAAGUAUCGUUGCAUGGAGUCAGUGAGAAGGAUAUUAGGAAAUUCAAAAAGGAGUUUGCUACUAUUGCUAGUGAUCACCUUGUUUCAGUGUAUCGAUGCGCUCUAGAAAAGGAAGUCUUGUGGCAGGGAAAAUGUUAUGUGUCCAACAACCAUAUCAGCUUCUAUGGAAAGAUAUUUGGGAAGGGAGCUAAAGUUAGUCUUCCGUGGACAGAUGUCACAUCAGUUGAAAAGAAGCUUACUGCUGGUAUCAUACCCAAUGCCAUCCGUAUUAAAACUUCUACUAGUCGUUACAUUCUAACAAGUUUUCUACGACGAGACAAUGCUUAUACUGAUAUGAUGGAUUCAUGGUCUCCUAAACGUGAACAUACCCCAUCUCCAAUGUCUGAAGAUGCUUCAAUCGAAGAUAGAGACCGAGAGUUGGUGGGUGGAAGAUUACGCUCUGCGUCACAAAUGUCAAAUCCGAAUGAUACGUCGAGUGAUGCCGGGAUUACCACGUUUGCUAUACAUGGUGUCGAGUCAGAUACUGAUGAGAGUAGAGCUAGUUCGCCCGUUCAUAGGAAGGGGAAGUUGCCUGUGUCGAGGUCGCCUUCGCAGGAUAAACUAGCCAAUAUUCCUGAGGUUGUUACGUUAGCAGCACUACCAACAUCGAACGAACUCAGACGGUCUGUCUCAGAGAGCGAAAUCGCAUCUGACGGCCAGUCUGGUUUCCUGUCUCCAGAAAGGCAUACAGGUCCCGUCAAGCAAAUAUCUCAGCAUACGAUAACCCUCCCCCGAUCAUCAGAGUCUCAAAAGCUUUCGAGUGAGACUACGCAACAAACCCUUACAAUCAACAAUACUCAAAAUGCAUCGAGCUCCACCACCGCCUCAACCAAAUCAAUACCUUUGCCAAUUUCAGCACCACCCGCACCUAGCCAACUUCAACCAACACCACCACCUCAACCACCAACACAUAGCUUGUCGAAUCGAAACUCGGCAGUAUCGCUUCCAUCUUCAGCACCACGAGACCUUCCACCACGUAACAGCCACGACUCACAGCCUCGGCAUAGUAAUGACUUGUCACCACCGCGGAUACCAGCUUCGACACCAGCAGCCGCCAUGCUGGAUCCAUUAGGCGUACUUUCUGGAAAGGCAGACAUAUUUGCAGAGACGUUGCCUGUUAAGAACACGUCUGUUGAUUCUUUGAAUAAUAGUCCGAGGGGGCAAGCAAGACCGUCUAUAGCGGCACAGUAUUCUGGAUCGCUGGUGAAUAAUAUGAAUGAUUUCUUCAGACGGUUUGUGCCGCAGGGAGCUUCGGACGGUGGUCCUAGUCUUGGGAUUACGAAUACGCUUCCAGAGUCAGGAUUGAGACAAUCUUUGUUGGCUGAACAAACAUCGAGUGCUUCAUUGUCAAAAAAGUCAAUACCUGAAACCACAAUAUUAUCAUCUCCAGCAGUCACCGCUCUCUAUAAAGUAGUUGAAGCGGAAACUCGUCGUAGAGAUAGUAAAGAGACUGACGGCGUUUCAUUAUCUGGUACUGGGUUGAAGAAAUUGGGAAGUGGACUACCACCACCAAGCAAGAACGAAUGUGGAUGUGAGACACACCCUGAAACAACGUUACUAGACGAAACCGUCGACAUGAAUGUCAAGAAUCUCUUCCACUCCGUGUUUGCUCCGACUGGAUGUAUCCUUCGUGACGUACAUACCCGACGUGGUGCAACAGACUUUAGAGCUAGUGAUUGGGAACUCAGGGAUGGCAAGUGGUCUGCACGGGAAGUCACGUAUAAUUUUGCGCAAAGGCCAAACAAGACAUCGACGCCAUGUUUUGAGCGACAAGUGAUUUUGAAGCAGGAUGAUGAGGAUGUGUAUGUCGUCGAGUCAACAGUCAAGACACCACAAGCGCCGUUUGGAGACUCAUUCCAGUUUGUUAAACGAGUCUGCAUGUAUCAUACGACGUUGGGCAAGACGAGAGUUAAAGUUACGGCCAAAGUUGAGUUUGUAAGGAAGAAUGCGUUGAUGAAAGAUAAGAUCGAACAAUCCUUACUGGAAUCAUACACAUCUUUCGCCAAAGACCUAAUCGCCACAAUCCAAGAACAUGGUCUCAGUGCAUCUCAUGCAACACCAUCCAUGUCUCAUGCAGCCGCAAUAGCACUUGUCAAAACGACUGCAUCACCAGUUAUAAUCCGUCAUCGUCGCAACCAUUCCCACCAUCAUCGAAAAACAAAGUCUGGCAAUUGGAAGGUUGUAGACUUAGCCGCUACUACUGCAUCGUCCGAAACAUCACCAACAUCAUCAUCCCAUCAUAAACGGACUGUCAGCUCUGUCUCAGCCAUCCAGCCCGUCGAUGACAACCAAGUAAUCGCCGGAAUCCAAGGAUGGUUUGCUGCUAUUUUCUGUGGGCUGCUAAUGUCAUUCCCAGUAUCAGUAUGUGAGCUGGUUGCCAAAUUGGUCAAGACUGCCUACGAGGCCAUAAUAGGUGUUUAUCAAAUGAAACGAUCUGGAUCACUGAAGCGGUCUGCUUCGGUUAUCGCUGCUGCCAAUCUACCAAGUAUAAAUACCGGCAGUCCAAGAUCUCGUCUUUGUCGGGAAAAAUCAACCGAGCCUGCCACUACUGCUCGAAACCAACGUAAAUCCGACGAUGGAUUAUCAGCGCCUUCAUCAUCCGCAUCUCGAUUGCUUGUGUUUGUACUCGUAACUGCAGCUACUUUGACGGUGUUUAACGUCUAUUCCGUCCUUCAAAUCGCCAACCGAUUAGACGCUGCUAUUGAUACCGUGCACCGGGUGUCUCAUCAUCAGGACAGAGUAGUAAACGAACAGCCUUCUGUAGCAUCCGAUCAACCACCAGUUAAGAAAGCAGCUAGUAUUGGAUUGGACGAUGCAUACCAACGAGCACUUUAUCAUACCAAGAAACGGAUGGAUACUUUGUAUGCGCAUGACUUGAGUGCAUUAGAACAUCAGGAGAUGCUGGUGCAGGAUGCUAUUGUUAAAGCUAGAAUAGAAGUGGAGAACGCAAUGUCGUUUCUUGAGCAAGGGCAACAGCAUGACUUGAUGACCACCACAACCAGUUACUAG